AUGCUGAAUACUAUUUAUGUGAUUUCCUUGAUAUUAAUAAAAUUUAUCUUUUAUAAUGAUUGUAAUAAUAAUAAUUUUUUAAGUAGUAUAGAAUUAUAUAAUUAUAAACUAAGGAAGAAAAAUAGGAUUCUAAAUAAUAAAAUAAAUGAUAAGAAAUCCUUUUUGUCUGAUUUAGAACAAAAUUACAAACCGUUAUUUGACAUAUAUGAAAUAUCAGCCAAUUUUGAGAAAAGGAGAAAAGAGUUAGAAAAAAAAACAAACGAAGAUGGAAAUGAAAAUGAAAAUGAAAAUAAAAAUAAAAUUCAAAAUAAAAAUAAAAAAGAAGAUCAAAAUAUAAAUCAAUAUGAGUUAGAGAAAGAAUAUAAAGAUGUCAUAAAUUUAUUAGAAUUAAGCUUAAGUUCUCAAAGUAAGGAUCCAAAUACUAGUGUAAGUAAUAAUGAUAAUUCUGGAAAUAAUGAAAAUAAUAUAGACAAAUCAAAUAACAAUAAUUCUUCGAAUUAUAAAAGUUCUAAAUCUCUUGAUGAAUUAAUUAAGGAUGCAAUACUCAAAUUAAAAGAGAAUCCAAAUAUUAAAAAUAAAAAUAAUUUGGAUUAUGAUAAAAUAUUUAAAAUAAUUAAACAAAAAGCGAGCAAUAAUAAUUCAGCUAAUAAUAAUAUAAAAAGGGAUGAUAAUGAAAAAUCAAAAGAGGAAAAAAAAGAAAGCAAUAAUAUACCUACAAAAGUGGAAGUGAAAAAAGAUGUCAUAAAUAGUCAACUAAAUAAAGAUGUACCAACAAAGAAAGAAAUUAAAAAUGAUAUGAUAAAUAAAAAAAGUAAUGAUGAGCAUAUUUCUAAUGAAGGAAAAUCGAAUUCUCAUAAUAAUUUUAAAACAUCAAAGAAUGAAGGAGAUAUAAUAACAAAAAAAUAUGACCAUUAUACUAUAGUAACCAAUUCUAAGGAUAUAUUAAAUGAUAUUUCUAUUGAUGCUUCAGAUAUAUCAAAAAAUAGUAUAGGAGGUAUUAAUAUACCUUUUAAUGAAAACAAUAAUAGUAGUUUUACUCAUCAAAGAUAUAUAGUAUUAUCAAACAAUGGAGAAAAAAAAUACAAAAUUGUUUUAAUGACAAAGAAUCCUAAAUUUAUGGAUAUGGAUGGUAUAUAUGAGGAAGGAGAAAAAAAAGAGUCUCUUAUUGAAUUAAAUCAAAAAAUAAACAAGCAAGAAAAUACAAACCUGUAUGAUGGAACGGGUACAUUAUAUUAUGGUAAAAAAUCAAAAAAGGAAAAAGAAAAUACACAACAAAAAGGAGGAAAUGACCAGAACGAAGACAUAAGUCAUCACAAUAAUAAUAAUAAUAAUAUUAUGAAUGACGAUAAAAUGGAUAAUAAUAAUAAUAAUAAUAAUAAUAAUGAAGAAUCACCAAGUAUGUUCAGACGUUUUAUAAAUUUUUUAAGUUUCUCAAGUAGUGAAAAUGAAACAAAAGAUACGUUAAUUUAUAAUGCCAAAAAUGAUAAGGCCCAACAAAAUAAAAAACAACAAAAUGGUAAAAAUAAUCAUAAUAAUGACCUUAAUAAUAAUAAUCGUAUUUUAUUAAAUGUUGAUAAACUUGUAGAUCAAUAUCUAUUAAACUUAAAAAAUAAUUACACAUCGAAACAAGAAUUGAUACUUGUACUUAAAGGAGAUUUAGAUCUUCAUUCAGAAAAUAUGAAUACUAUUAUAAAAAAUGCAAAACAAAAUUUAGAAAAAUAUUUUAAAGAACAUUUUAAGAACAUAGAUAAAAUAACCUAUGAUAUAUCGACACCCAUCAAUUUUCUUUGUAUUUUUAUACCAACUGUUUUUGAUAUGAAUAAUAUGGAUUUACUUAAAGAAGCACUAUUAAUAUUACAUAAUGAUUUACACGAAUAUGUUGAAAACUGGAGUUUUUCUAGUACAUACCAUACAUACGAAGCGGAUUAUAUAAAGGAACAAGAUUAUGUGGAUGAUGAUAAAGUUCCAAAGAAAAAAUUUAUAAAAGCAAGUAAAAAAUUAUAUAACAAUAAAUAUUCUUUCUUAACUAAAUUUUUAAGUAUUGAACCAAUUAUGUUAUUUGCUAAAAAGCUAAAUUCAAGACGUACAAAUAUUGAAAAAGAAAUAUUAAAUUUUUUACCUAAGGAAUUAAGAGAUUAUUCCACAUGGAAUUUAUCAAUUAUUAGAGUUUUCAAUGCGUGGUUUUUGGCUGGAUAUGGGAAUAAGAAUGUGAAAGUAUGUGUAGUUGAUUCAGGAGCAGAUGUAAAUCAUGUUGAUUUGAAUGGUAAUUUAUAUAUUCCAGAUUAUAAUGAAAAAUAUGAAAUGACUGAAGAUUUUUAUAAUUUCAUGGUAAAAAAUCCUACAGAUACUUCAGGUCAUGGUACACAUGUUACUGGUAUUAUAGGAGGUGUAGCUAAUGAUUUAGGUGUAGUAGGUGUAGCUCCUAAUAUUACAUUAAUAUCAUUAAGAUUUAUUGAUGGCAAAAAAUAUGGUGGAAGUUUUCAUGCAAUUAAGGCUUUAAAUGUAUGUAUAUUAAAUAAGGCACCAAUUAUAAAUGCUAGUUGGGGUUCUAGCCAUUUCGAUGUUAACCUACAUAUAGCAGUGGAAAGAUUAAAGUAUACUCUAAAUGGAAAGGGAAGUGUGUUAAUAGCGGCAUCUGGAAAUAAAAGUAACGAUAAUGAUAUUUCACCUUUAUACCCUGCCACAUAUACAUUUCCUCAUGUUUAUAGUGUGGCCUCCAUUAGCAGAAAUUUUGAAAUUUCUCCCUUCUCAAAUUAUGGACACAAGAGUGUGCACAUUUUAGCCCCAGGUCAUCACAUAUACUCGACUAUCCCAAAUAACUCAUACAAGAUCUUUACAGGUACCUCUAUGGCUGCUCCUCAUGUAUGUGGUGUAAGUGCUUUAGUAUAUUCAGUUUGUUAUAAUCAAGGUUUUAUUCCUCAAGCAGAAGAGGUGUUAGAUAUAUUAACAAGGACAUCUAUUAAAAUAAUUUCUACAAAGAAAAGAACGAUAAAUGACAGUUUAGUUAAUGCAGAGGGGGCAGUUUUGACUACUUUAUUAGGAGGGUUAUGGAUGCAAAUGGAUUGUUAUUUUGUUAAAUUUAAUUUAGAUAAAGGCAAGAAAAAGCAUAUUCCUGUUGUUUUCUCUGCUUACAAAAAAGGAGUAUAUGAAACAGAUAUCGUUAUAGCUAUUAUACCUUUUGAUGGGCAAUCCAAAAUAUAUGGAGAAAUUCAUAUUCCUAUAAAAAUUGUAACAGAUGUAAAUAUUCCGAAUUUCAAGGAAUCUCCACAAAGAGGAAAAACAUAUAAUAUAGAUGCUAAUGAAGCACAGCAUGAUGAAGUCCUUUCUUAUAUCUGUGAAAAUGCUUUAUAUAAUUUGUAUGAAUAUGAUGGUCAUUAUUUGUUCGCUUCUGUCAUGUUAUUUUUUCUAGCAUUAAUAUCUAUAUUUGUUGGGGUGAUAUAUAUGAAGUCGCGUAAACAUAGUAAUGACAAAUGUUCUAAACAUCUAAUGAGAAGUAGUUAUAUACCAGAAAUGGAUGAUGCUAAGGAAGAAACACAACAACUACAACAAGAAAGGAGACAAUAUUUCAGAGAAUUAUUUGGAGAAGAUAUGAAAAAGAAUUAUGAUCAGAAUUUUGUACAAGAUUUUGGUGACGAUUUUGGUCAAGAUUUUAGACAAAAUUUCAAGCUGGGUUCAAGUCCAGACUUAAAACAAGAUUCUUAUAUAGAUUUUCAAAAUAAGGUACAGGAACCUGAAAGGAAAACCGUAAAAAUAAUUAUUAAUAACUUUGAAGAUAGAAAGAAAGAGACCAAAAGAAGACUAAUGAAGGGAUUAAAUUAUAAUGGUGAAAAUGGAAAGAAACAGGAUUAUACUAAUGACAGUAUUAGCAGUAAUAUAAAAAAUUUUAAAUUCUCAAACAAUACAACAAUGAAAAAAAGUACUAAUAAAAAUGAGGACGUGAAAAUAACAUCUGACGAUAAUGUUAAUAAGGCAAUGAAUCAACUUGAUGAUAUGUUUAUGAAAUGA